AUGACAAUUGAUGACAUUCUCCACCAUCCCAAAUUUGCAUACCGUACAGAUGGAUACUUCCCAAGUUCAUUUACUCGAAGUUGUUAUCGUUUCAAACUGGCUCUUAUCUACACAUAUCUGCCAGUGUUUUUGCUGAGAUGCGCAUUAUCAAAAUUUUAUUUCGGAUAUAAACAGUACCUUUUUGAAGAGGAAGGAAAGUAUUCUCGACCAACAAAAUUAUGGUUUUUAUUCCACAAAUUAUUCUCAAAGCUAUCACCUCAAUUAAAUUCGUGUGAAAGAUUACUUCCUUCUUUACCACUUCCAUCACUGGAAGAUACAGUCGCUAAAUAUCUUGAUAGUAUUGAGCCAUUAUUAACUCAUGAUGAUUUUGCCGAUGUAAAAAAUAUGGCCGAAAACUUUCUUAAAAAUGAAGGCUGGAAACUUCAAAUUUUGGCGCGAUUGUAUUGGCUCUUCUCCGACAAUUAUGUUUCUGAUUUUUGGAUGAAAUAUGCAUAUCAUUAUUCUAGAAAAAAUGUGCUGAUAAAUACAAGCGUCGCGCAUGUGGAUGUUUUUGAAAUUAUACCAGCAAAUCAAGCAGUUCGCGCUGCACACAUAGUGUUAUUUGAAGUACUGAGUAUGUUAUCAGUUGAUCGAGAAUUACUUAAACCCGUGGGUAAUGGUUUAAUAAGUUUAUCACAUCUGGGGAAAGUAUAUGCAACAACUCGAGUUCCUGGUGAAGUUAUGGAUCAUCUCGAAGUGCAUUUUGCUUCUGCUCGACACAUCGUUGUCUUUCAUCGUGGAUGCAUCUACAAAGUAGAAGUAUUUGAUGAAAAUCGACGUAUGUUAGGAUUGGCAGAACUUACUGAAAUUUUCACGGAAUUGUUAACACGUGAAGAAAGUGUAGAAGAAGUGGAAAGUCGCAUAGCAGCAUUAACGACAGAUUCUCGAUCUCAGUGGUGCUUAAAUCGUCGUCACUUUUUUUUGCAGAAUCCUCUAAACAAACAAUCAUUAAAAAUCAUUGAAACAUCCAUAUUCUGUAUUGUUUUUGAUGACAUCGACUACGAUAGCAAUCCGGAUUAUCCAGAAAACUUGGAAUAUUUCGUGAAAACUAUGCUAGUUGGUAAUGGAUGUAAUCGAUGGGCAGAUAAAUAUCCAGAAAAGGUUGAGGAAAUAGCACCACUUAAGCACCUUUCGAGCAACCUGAAAUACGCUGUUCGUUUAAGCUUUGAUAUUAAUGAAGAGAUGGCGAAUGAGAUCAAUCGUUGCUAUUUUGAUUAUUGCAAUCAGAUUAAUGAUCUUGAUGUUGCAUGUAUUGUUUUCCGAGAUUUUGGUAAAGGUUUAAUCAAAAAGAUUCAAUUUUCACCCGAUGCAUUUAUUCAAAUGGCAAUACAAUUAGCAAUGUUUAAAGAUCAAGAGAGAUUCUGUCUAACGUAUGAAUCAGCAUCAACAAGAUUCUUUGCAAAUUCAAGAACUGAAACUUUACGAACUGUUACAAAAGAAUCAUGCGCAUUUGUUAGAUCAAUGGUUGAUCAAAAAUGUAGUCUAGAAGAACGUCGUAAAUUAUUAAAAAUAGCACAAGAAGUUCACGUUUUACAUAAUAAGGAAUGUAUGGUUGGUAAAGGAUUUGAUCGACACUUAUUCGUUCUUAAUAUUUUAAGUAAAAUAACUGGUAUAAACAGUGCAUUUCUGGAGCAUUACAUUAAUGAACGUUGGGAACUGAGCACAAGUCAGACACCAAAUAUCACACGUCAGUUAGAUGAAAACAAAUAUGUAGGCACCUCCUGGCUAGGAGCAGCUUUUGCACCUCUCAGUAAAUCUGGCUAUGGUAUAUCUUAUCGGUUUGCUGGUGAUCAUUCUAUAUGCAUACAUAUCACAUCUUUUAUAUCAGCUGACAACACGGUUUGUUGCUUAUUAAUUUACUUAAUAUGUGUUAAGCUAAUCUGA